AUGCUAACAAAUGUCCAUGAGAGCUAUCAGGAGGAAGAUUGGGCUAAAGACGAAUCCACUUGUUUGAGUUACAUUCAUGCUUUGGACCAGUACGUGUUUUCAUAUGAAACAUUGUAUUCCAAAUCUUUAGAGCUCUAUGCUCUUGAGAGAGAGCGAAAUAAGGCCAAAAUGUACAUCUUGUCAAGUAUAAAUGCCAGACUUCAAGCUCUAGAACGAAAUGUGAAUGUGACAAUAGGAGAGAAUGAGAAGAAGUUGAAUCAAAUAUUUGAUUUGGAGAGGUCUAGGCAAAAUUGUGUUGCUUUGCAAGAGGGCAUCCGACAUCGGGGGCAGCUGACAGCAGAGCAAUCAGCUGAGCAGAAAAGAAGGUUUGUUGACGUUGAGGAAUGGAAGAGGAUGUAUGACAACGAGAGGAAGAAAUCUGAGAUUUUGCGACAAAAAGUGGAGAAGGCUAGGAAAGAACUUCUGCUGUAUCAUAUAGAACAUUCAUCGUCAUCUGACAGCGAAGAGAAUGAUGAAUAUCUUCGUCGUCAAGUGGAAGAGUAUAUUGAAAGCAUGACUGCACAAGACUUCGUCGAAGAAGGAAAGAUCGAACCACUUCCCAAGUUUUAUGAAUGA